AUGCUGCUGUCCAAGAUCAACUCCCUGGCUCAGCUGUGCUCCGGGCCCGGCGGGGAGCUGCACCCCAGCAAGCCUCCCCCCGGGGAACCCGGGGACCUCGACGGCAGCCCGGGGCCCUGCCCCCCGCCCCUCCGGCCCGCCCGGGUGCUGGGGGUCCGGGCCGCCCUGGACCUGCUGGCCGCCCACCCCCAGGGCAAGGACAAGGAGCCCCUGGACAAGCUGUACCAAGUGGGCCCGUUGCUGGGCAGCGGCGGCUUCGGCUCCGUCUACUCCGGGACCCGCCUGGCCGACGGGGCCCCGGUUGCCAUCAAGCAUGUGGGCCGCUCCCGGAUCUCCGACUGGGGCGAGCUGCCCAACGGGAGCCGCGUGCCCAUGGAAAUCAUCCUCCUGAAGAAGGUGGGCUCGGGCUUCCAGGGCGUCAUCCGGCUGCUGGACUGGUACGAGCGGUCGGACAGCUUCAUCCUGAUCCUGGAGCGCCCGGAUCCCGUGCAGGAUCUGUUCGACUUCAUCACCGAGCGGGGGGCCUUGCCCGAGGAGUUGGCACGGAGCUUCUUCUGCCAGGUCCUGGAGGCCGUGCGGCACUGCCACAGCUGCGGGGUCCUCCACCGGGACAUCAAGGAUGAGAAUAUCCUCAUCGACCUCCAAAGCGGGGAGCUCAAGCUGAUUGACUUUGGUUCCGGGGCCCUCCUCAAGGACACUGUGUACACUGACUUUGAUGGGACCCGGGUGUACAGCCCUCCCGAGUGGAUCCGGUACCACCGGUACCAUGGCCGGUCGGCUGCCGUCUGGUCGCUGGGCGUCUUGCUGUACGACAUGGUCUGCGGUGACAUUCCCUUUGAGCGAGAUGAAGAAAUCAUCCGGGCCCAGGUGUGUUUCCGGCAGAGGAUCUCCGCAGAGUGUCAGGACCUCAUUAAGUGGUGUUUGUCGCUGAGACCAUCAGACCGGCCCUCCUUCGAAGACAUCCUCAACCAUUCGUGGAUGCGAGAUGCCCUCCUGCCCCAAGAGACAGCUGAGAUUCACCUGCACAGCCUGGUUUCCGUGUCCAGCAAAUAGCGGCUCCCUUUCCCAACUCCCUUCCCCAGCCCCCGUCCCGUCUAAUGGCUGCACUGAGGGGAGGGGGGAUAUCUCCCCGGACCCUGCCUGCCAAUCCUCCCCCGCUCCCCGCCCCGCCUCCACAAAAAACCCCCCAAAAAACCGACACUUCCCAAGCAGGGAAGGUUCGCCAUUCCAAGCCCAGGCUCUGUGGAGAGAAUCCCUCAAGACCCUGGACCUCAACCCUGUGAACCUUCUUCCUGGGGGUGGCCGGCGUUGCCUGCCGUCCCCACUCCCACAUCCCUCCUCCCCCACAUUCCCCCCCGAACCCCCGUUGUUCCUGACCUGCUGAAUCCUGAAGCACCGACUUCCAGGGGACCAGAGCCAUGACGUGAACACAGAUUGCGGAAGGGGGUUCUCGGGGGUGGACGUAGUCAUGGAAAGAAACUGACUUCAAUAGCUGUGUAUUUAUUCACUCACUUCUUUCAACUCUUGAGUGCCUUCUGGGGGUGACUCAGGCCGGGCUGGGAGAAAAACUUGAACUCUUGUCCCUGCUGCUUCUCCCUGGGUCGCCUGGGUUCGUUUUGUUUGUCUUUCAUUCUCCGAAAGGAAGGCGGCGUGGAAGAGGCCGAGGGGCCAGGCCGCGGACCACCUGCCCGUAUUUGCCUCCUCAACUAAAACCGUAGCGUGAAUUUGUGCUUCCUCUUUGGUUGCUUACUGUUUCAAAGCCAAGACCUCCUCACAAAUGCACAAAACAAUGCAACUCAAAACUGUAAAUUUGUGUACAGCGGCGAAGUAGUGUACAAAGGGUAGUCAUCAAAUGUUCUGGGUUUUGUUUUUUUUUUUUUUUUUGGAUUUGCUUUAAGUUAUUACUUUUUUUUUUUUUUUUUUAAAGCAUCCUAACCUGGAGGUUAGUGUUUGUAUUUAUUUAUUUAUUUGGGUUUCUGGCCUGCUCCAUGCUUCCGCAGCUGCGGCCCUGGUUUUUCUUCCUCUCCCCGUCACCCACAACCUCAGGACUCCACGCAGGGCUGCACGUGCUCCGUGUUUGUGUGUCUCGGCGCCGUGUGGAGCGGCACGGCUCGUACCUGCCCACACGUGUCCAACUCCUCUGACCGGAGAGGGCUGUCGCUUAACCGUCGAAGGGUUUUGGGCGCGUUUCAGGUUCCCCCGAUGUUCGGCUGCGUGGGAGCGGCAUGCAGCCCACUGCUUUUCUCGACUGUAAUACUUAACUGUACAGGGGAAUUCAGAAGAUCCUAUUUUUUUUAUACAUGCUGUUUUAAAUAAAAACCUUUUUGUUUUAA